CUCACCCCGAGGUCGAAAGCCAGGUCCUCGUGGUGGAUCAGACAGGCUUUACCUUCAAGUGACGCAACUCGGCCGCAUGUUAGGUCGUUUAUUUUCAAAUAGCAUUACUCAGCAAGAGGGGUAUCAGGAUAUUUUCUUGUUUUUAAAUACUACAAGUUGACAGCAGAUUCGAGCGAAGCGCGGCGAUGAUUGUGUAAUAACCUCUCAAUGCGCGAAGUCCUAACCUAUUUCCUAACCUAUACUAUAUGCCGCUUCUAUAACGCGGCUCGCACAUGAUUUUCUGCGUAUCCGACACGUCGAAUCAGGGUAUAUUCGAUAUAAAUAUAGUAAGCAAUUUUGUUCGCAAUAUUGAAAAGAACUCACACAGCUCGUAAACUCUAGUCACUAUGGGCAAAGAGAAAGAGGAGGAAGAACCGCAUCGCAAGUUCGAGUGGAUGAUAAGACCAUGCUUGAUAUAUAAGGCCGAGUACGACGAUUGUACCAGUGUAAAAGGUCGUUUUCAUCAAUACUUCAUAUUCGGUGAAUCGAUCAAUUGCGAGCAAUGGAAGACAGACUAUUUCAACUGUUAUCAGUGGAAGAAAUAUAAAUCGGAAGAAGCAUAUGAUGAAGUGAUCAAAAGUGAGAAACGGCGCCGAAGGGAACGAUUACAACCACAUUACGAGAACGAUGUCUGGGAGAGGAGGGAGAAGCCACCGGAGAACUGGAACGCGCCUCUGCCCGAGUGGAUGCAGGAGAAGUUCAAAAACUCAUAUCUGCAGAUACGAAGUGAAGAGAUGAAAAAAAACGUCAAUGAAUCCAUCCUCGACUCGAAAUGUACAAUACUGUAACAGCGUGCACGCGCGUGCGUCGAAUCUGGCAAUAUCUGAAAAUUAAGCACAGCGUGUACACAAAUACGUAUUUUGUUAUUUGAGUCGA